UUCUGUUGUCUCACGACCGUGUCAGCUAGAGCUUCGUCGAUCCACCUACAUACGUCUUUAUAUAAGCCGAGCCAUUCCAUUUCCCUGUGUUCCCGUGCUAGUUUCCACCCGAGACCCGACAGCUGAUGGGGGAUGUGCUGCAAGCUGAUCAGGCCGCCGAAGGCAUGACCGUCUGGCCCAGCGAGCUCGACGAGCAGCUCAUAAGCGAGCUCCUCAGCGACGACAACUUUUUCGACGCCCUGCAGGUCCCCGACGACUCGGAGCACUGGUCGCGUGGCACGGGGGCAGCACCUCCCGCGCCGUGCAACAGCGGCGGCGACAGCAGCAGCACCGCGCGCGCGGAUGAGCAGAAGCUGCCGCAGCUGGCGGCGGUGAGCAGAGCUCUGUGCUCGGUGUACUCCGGCCCGACGAUCCAGGACAUCGAGGAGGCGCUGUCGUCGCGGCCGUACCCCCCGAGCAACCGCCGCUACAGCUCAAUGUAUUUUGGCAGGUUCGGAGCGGCGAGUCGAGCACCGGAGAGCAAGCACACGACGAAGGUGAGGAGCUGCGGCGGCAAGACGCCGAGCGACGGGUACAAGUGGAGGAAGUACGGGCAGAAGUCCAUCAAGAACAAACCCCACCCGAGGAGCUACUACAAGUGUACCUCCUCCCUGUGCGGCGCCAAGAAACACGUGGAGAAGUCCACGGACGACCCGGAGAUGCUCAUCGUCACGUACGAGGGGCCGCACCUGCACGGCCCGCAGCCGCUCUUCCCGCGCCGCCAGUGGGCGUCGAUGAACCUCUCCGGUGUGGCUGCGGCGAAGAGGCAGCGGGCCAAAUCCUCACCGACGACGACGUCAGCUGCGCAGGCAAUCCACGGCGGCGCGGAAGAUGGGAUGCCGAACCAAACGACGCUCGACGCCGAGGCGCGUGGAGGGGGCAUCGCUGGCGAGCUGCGGGGGCGUCAGGACGGACGCGCGGAGGAGGACGCCGCGCCACACGUGGUAGUGACAACGGGCUCGUGCGACGGAGGCUCGACCGCUUCCGUGCCGGCUACGUGGGCUGCCACGGCGUGGCCUUGUGACUCGCCGCCUACGACCUGGUCGUGCCCUGACUUCCACUCCAUGUGGUCCCCGGAAGCUCUGCUUCUAUAGCGGGUGGCAACCUGACUAAGAACAGGAUGAGCUUUCACUGGAACGUCCAGCGGAGGAGCAACCUGUGGCUGUGAGUAGAUGCUUAUACGUAGUCAGUGUAAGGAUCAGAAGAUGAUAUCCCGGUUUAUAUUGUAGGCAAAAUAACCGAUCACUGGCGCAAGCUAUCUAAAUUGGUGCAGUGCCAGUGGAGAAAAAGAAAAGGCUAGCGCUUCUCCAGUCCAGCAGACUAUACUGUACAUUAGAAGCUAGGCACAACAAGUGUCAGCUGUUUCCUCUAAGAAGUUUUUUUUAAUAUACAUAUUUCCAACAUUGUAGACUUUGCAGAUUAUUCAGGCAU